AGAGAGAGAGAGAGAGAGAGAGAGAGAAUGGAGUUAGAAGCUAUUCUAAGUCAAAAAGACCAUUUUGGUUACACAAGUAAAGACCUUUACGACUUGUUACAAGGAAACUGGGGCAGCGAAUUUGGUAUACCAGAACAGGAGGAGGAGGAGUAUGGCUCUUUCGAAUUUCACGAGGGCCAAACCGAAAAUUCGAACCAUACAAAUUGGAACUCUCCACCACCUACCUCAUCGAUGUGGCCGUAUUCAUAUUUGGAUCAGUGGGGUGCGAAUAAUCUCAACUCAUCCUCAGAAGUACCCGACACAACGAGCUUUUAUCCUCGCGAGGAAUUCCAGCAGUUGGAUCCAAUUUCAACCAGGCCAAGGCCACGGCGUUCAAGAAGCAAAAAGAACAUGGAAGAGAUUGAGAGCCAGAGAAUGACCCACAUUGCUGUGGAGCGUAAUCGGAGAAAACAGAUGAACGAGUACCUCUCUGCUCUCCGAGGACUAAUGCCAGAUUCCUACGUUCAAAGAGGUGAUCAAGCAUCCAUAGUUGGAGGCGCUAUCAACUACGUUAAGGAGCUCGAGCACAAGCUACAUUUUCUCGGUGGAGAAAAGCGAACGAACCAGAGGUUUGAAGCUGGUACUUCUUCCUUGCCUUUCGACGAAUUCUUUGCCUUCCCACAGUACUCAGCAAGCACGACUACUCCUUGUGAAAGUUCGGGUGACCCGAUUUCCGCCUACGCUGAUAUUGAAGUGACAGUGGUUGAGAGCCAUGCCAAUCUCAAAAUAAGAACCAGAAAGCGGCCGAAGCAGCUCAUGAAAAUGGUUUCUGGGUUGCAAAGCCUCAGGCUCACUGUCCUCCACCUCAAUGUUUCUACUGUUGAUCAAACUGUCCUCUAUUCCCUGAGUGUCAAGGUUGAAGAUGAUUGCAGCUUGACAUCAGUGGAUGAAAUAGCCGCGGCAGUGAAUCAGAUGCUUGGUAGAAUUCAGCCAGAGGCUGCCUUGCUCUGAAAAAUUAAAUUAGUUUCCCCUGCAAUAUUAUUUAUUUCUAUUUAAAUUCAUUCUUAUGCUUUUAAUUUUAUUUACCGCGCGUAGUGUAUUAUGGGCUGUUCUUUAAAUUUUAGCAAUCUUUUGUACUCCUAUAAUUUCUCAUUUUUAUCUCUCUGAAAU